UAGUGUCAUGGCGACUAAGCAGACGACUUGUGACAGCACGCUAUGCUCGAAUCUAAUUUUAUGACUAAAACGGUGGAAACGUCCAGUUUUUGACAAUGGACACUUUUGUGUACCAAGAGAAGUAACUCCGAUAUGACAACUUCUAUUUCAUCAGAGUCCAACGUGGAAACGAAAGCGUCAGUGAUUAUUUUCACAGAACCAUGAAAUUGUCCUCACGUGUAAUCAUUCUGGCCAUCAUCAGUUUUAUAUUGUUGAUUUCCUAUAAAAUUCUGGAGCCAAACAUCAUUGACACAAACUCUGGAUCAAAAAAUGCUGAGAAAGGCCAAAUUAUUGAGAGAAUUAAGAUCAAGGGAGAUGACUCUGCCACCCUUCAAGGAAAACUGUCUGGAAAGACAUUACGAGAUGCUGUGAUAGCCGAAAUCACAGCUAAAUAUUUACUGAACUAUUCCUAUCCAUUGUCAGAGUCACCGUGGAAAGUGGCAGAAAGUAUUGCUACAGACAGACAACUCCACCCCACUCACUGUAAUGAACUGGGUCCAAUUCUUGAUGCAAUGACAAAGAUAAGUAUAGAGACAGCAGAUGUAAACAGGGCAGGAACCCAACUCAAAAUGACCUUCACCUUGCCUGAUGGCCAAAGACUUAUCUUCAAACCUAAAUGGUACCCACGAGAAGAAGUCCUGAGCAAUGGUCCUUAUGAAGGCUGGGACAGGCACAAUGGCGAGUUAGUGACCUUCCACAUAGGAAGGUUGUUGGAGUUAAACAGAACACCUUUAGUGAUUGGCCGAAAGAUCAACCUUCAAACAGAGAUUUUGCCACAUGCCACAAGCAGACUAAAGAAAACUUUCUUCACCAAAGGAAACAACACCUGUUUUUAUGGUAUGUGCUACUACUGUAAGGGAGAGUCGACUGGUGUUUGUGGGGAGGGUGAUAUACUGGAGGGAGUUGUCAUACUUUGGUUACCUACCACUUAUAAACUGUCCAAACACAACCACCCAUGGAGGCGGACUUACAGAAGCUACAAGGCAAGGUGGGAGACAGAUAACAAGUACUGUGACCAAGUAAGGAAUGUUGAGAUGUACAGCAGUGGUCCGAGACUACUUGACCUUAUAGAUAUUACUGUACUGGACUAUCUGACUGGGAAUGCUGACCGCCAUCACUACGAGACAAAUGGAGCGCAGGCAGACAGUCCUGUGGUUAUACUGGACAAUGGCAAGAGCUUUGGUAAUCCAUACAAAGAUGAGGAGUCCAUACUGGCACCACUUUACCAGUGUUGCAGGAUACGUUUCAGAACAUGGCAGAGAUUACUAAUCCUACAAGAUGGGGUCUUGUCCGAGGUGCUGCGGGAAGUCUUAAACCAAGAUCCUAUCAGACCAGUACUGUCAGAGAGUCACUAUGUGGCGCUAGACAGGCGUCUCAGGGGUAUACUGGCCCAGAUACAAGAGUGUAUAGACCAUGAAGGACUUGAUACAGUUUUAGUCAAAGGUGACCAUAUAAGCUGAUGCUGUACUGGCAAAAGAUACAGUACUGACCAAAGGUCAAAGGUGAUCAUAUCAGUUAAUACAGUACUGGGUAUCAUUUCACAAAGCUUCGUAACUUACUAACGCUCGUAAAUAUUUACAAAAAAGUUACGCAAAACUUACAAAGUUCAUACAUCCAUUUCACAAAGGUGUUCGUAAUUUUUUUGAAUCUUACGACAAAAUCGUACAUUCUCCCGGUAAAAAUAUAUCACUCUCUAACUUGGAGGUUAAAAAAAAAGACCACACUAUUAAGAUGAAAACUGUCCUAUUACCGAGUCCCGUAUACAGACUAUGAACUUCAUUUUGUUCUAUCAAAACAACCGUAUUAUUGAGAGAAGAUAAAAACAAUUUCGGUAAAAUUCCAAUAUCAUAUUGUUAAUCAUGUGGUAAAACAAGCAGUAACAACGCAAUUUUCACAGAUUUUGUUCACUGCUCUCAGAUAUACGCAAUGCUCUUGAAAUAAACUAAACAUUGACACAGUCUACGAAUAUGCAUACAAUUAGUUGCAUAACAAUGAGUAUAUUGCCCGAAUCGCUCCUCGACAUUCAAAACUCGAUUUCCGCCUCGAAACAAUUGCUCACAAGGCAAAGUCGUUCUCUUAUGUUAAAUUUGUAAUUCAGUACGACGUCAUUUUCUGUUCAAAAACGCAUGUUUGCAUACAAUUUUAAAUUUCAUAAGUUACAACAGGGUGGAUAUGGCAUAAAGUUACACAAGGUACUUACGCAAUCUGACUUACGCAAAAUUUGUAAGUUACGAUGCUUUGUGAAACGAUACCCUGGUCAAUAGUCAUUAUAUCAGCUGAUAAGGUACUGUUUGGUCAAAGGUGACCAUAUCAGUUGAUAUAGUACUGGCCAAAGGUCAAAGGUGACCAUAUCAGCUGAUGCAUCACUGGCCACUGACCAGAGUUACAGUAGUGAUACUGUAAGGUCAAAGGCCAUGUUAAUAUGAUACAUUUGUAAAUUGGCAUUUUGUAUUUAUUGUUGUACAAUCUUGGACAUGUCACUUUGUUAUGAAAAUGAGAAAAAUUUUAACCAAAAUGAAGCAUUUGUCUCAACAACAUUUUUUUAAGUUGUCAUGUCUAUGUACAACCCCUUUGUGAUCUGUGUAACCUAAACGAUGGACACAUAUAGAGGAUAUUCAAUUGUUUGCCAUUUAAUAUAAAAUAUAUUUCACUUGUAUGGUAGAUUUUUUUAAUAUUUUCACGAGUGCUUAGUAUGAGUGAAAAUAUAAAAGAAAGUCUGUCAUACGAGUGAAAUAUAUCUAAUAUUAAGAUGCUGACCAUUGAAAUUUCUUUUCAUUGAAAUUUCUUUUUAUUACAUUUCAAAUGAGGCCUUAAAAUGCUUUUAUUAAAAUUUUACUGUACCUGCCUACUGGAAAGUAGCUAAGCCAAUCCGUCGAAAUGACAACCGCUUGAGUCAGCUGAUCAGGAUAAUUGCGCAUUUUUUUAGCAAUCUAUACUUAUUAAAUCUUUCCAUAUCUCCCCAAUAUUAUAGCAUGCGGCAGAUGGCAACAAUGCCAGGGGGCAACUGGGGAGAUUGAUCAAGGGGAACAACUCUUACAACAGGAAAGUAGUUCUCAAAAAACCUUACAUUUUCACUACAAAAUCUUUAAUUUUCACUGCAGUGAUGAGCAGCGAAAAUAUAAGAUUUUGCAGUAAAUUUUACCAGUUUGAUAAUUUUUUAUAUUUCACAGGCAAAAAUGUGAUAAAUUUUAAAAUUUGUUUGUAAGAAACAAAUAUUAUGUGUUGCUGAUCUACACAAGAAGUGCCUUAUUUGAUGCAUUUAUUUUAAUAUAUUCAGGAAUAUAAUUCCUGUUAUUAGGAUUAUUGUAAGAGCUAGUAGCAGAGUAGAUCUUCACAGGAACCAUAUCUUAUAAAACAUUUAUCUAGACUGUACGAUGAUUUUAUCUAAAAUACACCAUUCGCAGAUUAAAAAAAAAAAACAGAAAAGAAAAAAGUAAGAAAGAAAAAGUAAGUAUUGAACAUUUUAGCCCUUACACAAUCUUUUUUAUAAUUGGAUGCCCUCAAAUGACCUUAUAUACAUGAUUUGCAUGCUCCUCAAAAACAUGUCACAAACUUGUCCCAAUUACAUGCACUUUUAUUGCAAGACAUGUUUAUUGAAUGAAUGUUUGCUCAAAGCUAAUUCAGUCUGGUACAAAUUAUUGUAACAGGUGUAUAUAUUAUGUUUUAAAAUAGAUCUUUUUUAAUGUGGAGAAUCUUAGGAAAUCACUAGUUACUUUGUUUGUAUGAAUGACAUUGACCUUCUUGCAAGGUCAAAGGUGUCAAUGUGUUGCAAUCUUUAAACAACUUAUUAACCAAGAGGCCCAGAGUUACAAUAAUGGGCCAGAAGCAUGCUGGGAUGAAGGGCUAAUCAAAUUUGACCAUGAUGAUGAUGAUGAUGAUGAUGAUGAUGAUUGUUAAUGAGGAUGAUGAUGAUAAUGUGAGGGAUGAUGUAUUAUAAUUUUUGAGUGUUAAUGAUGACUUCGUUCUAUUAAAAUCUUUAAAAAAACUUCUCAUUAAAUGAGAUUCCUAGGGUCAUGAUAUUGCGCCAGUAGCAUGCUAGGAUGAAGGGCUACAAAUUUAAGUUGAUUCAAAUUAAUCACCUUCACCUACUUUUAAGCUUACAGAGGUCAAGAUGUGCUUAUUAAUAUCUGAGAACUGCAGAACAGGUGAGCGAUACAUAUGCAUAUACAGGACCAUUGGGCCUCUUGUUUUGUUCUUUAACAUUUUUGCUGUUGAAAGCACUCAGCUAAAUCAUGAUUUCCUUAAUUGCAUUUUCUGUAUAUAUACCAGAUAAUGUUUGUACAGCAAAUAUUCAUCAUUGAGCAAAUCUGUUUGUAUACGGUAUUUCUUAAACUCUCGUUUGUAAUUUUUCGAAAGUUCAAAAAAGAGUUACAUGACCUAUUUCUAUCACAGAAAGAAAGCCAUUCUGACCUAUUCUGGUCCCACAUGUGUUUUUCUUUUUACAAUAUCAGUUUUGGACUAAACAUACAACCGGUGCUAUCCUGUAGUAAAAUGCCACUUAUCGAUAUACAAAACAGCUAGACAAUUUCAGAAAUAUGUGGAAAUAUUAGGUAUGCUUAAAUCACUUGGGAAUAUUUCUUCACAAACAAACCUCUUCAAACAUGUUAACUCUAUUAUUGUGUCAAGCCCGCAGGUUUGUAAUUAAAUGAGGCGGUGUAUAUAAAAUCAAUUGAAAUGUCUGUAAUAGCAAGUUAUGAUAAAAAUAGAAUCAACAUGGAUGCCAUGUACAAAAAAUCCUGAGAGAUAUAUGAAUUUGCAAUCGACUCCCCUCACUGCAAAAAUAUAUAGCAUGCAAAAUAUAAGUGAUUUACAAGAAUUUAUUACAAAUCAUAACAAGUAAUUAACAAGUUUAUUACCUUCAAAGAAACAGAUAAAUAGAAAUCUGCAUAAAAAGUUAAUUAUCACACAAACACUUGAAGUCUUUUUUUCAUAUUUACAUGUAUUAAUUCUGUAACUGCACGAAGCGGCAUUCCCCAUCAGAGUUCACCCUGUCAGCCAACCAAAUUGCAUUUACAGUUUGUUGUACAACAGUUGUAAUGAAUAAUUGAUGUUGUUGAAUAACAGAUAUAACACCAACCUAUUGUGGUAGAAAUUUGGUUCUGUACUAAAAUUUGAUUGUGCCAAAAUAAGUAAUUUUCACAGUAUUGAGGGCCAAGUAUUAGGUAGUUACUGAAUAACAUCCGAUACAAGUAUGUCUGUGAUAAAAAGAUUUAGGAACAUGUUGGUGUUCAUUGUAUUAAAGAUGACAAAUUUGUUGGUUUUCAUUUUGUUAAAUAUGAAAAAUGUGUUGUUUUUUAUUGUGUUAAAGAUGGCAAUUAUCUUGGUUUUCAUUGUAUUAAAGAUGAAAAAUAUGUUUGUAUUCAUUGUUUUAAAGAUGAAAAAUGUGUUGGCAUAUAUUGUAUUAAAGACAAAAGAUAUGUUGGUAUUCAUUGUAUUAAAGAUGAAAAAUAUGUUGGUAUUCAUUGUAUUAAAGAUGAAAAAUAUGUUGGUCUUCAUUGUAUUGAAUGAAAAAUAUGUUGGAACUUAUUGUAUUUAGAUAUAAGAGCAUGUAACCGCUAAAAAUUUGUACUAUGUAUAUUAUGUAACUUUUUCAACUUGGUAGUUUAUACAUAUAUAUAUAUAGGUGAUAUAUGAUACAUGUAUCGAUCACAACAGCAGUUGAUGUGGUAACUUUUUAGACUUUUAUUACUUCGUCGACCGGUUUCGGGGCCGCGGUGGCCGAGUGGUUAAGGUGUCCCGACACUUUAUCAC